AUGACACAAACAACACAAGAUCAACAAAACGAAUUACAAAAUAAUUCGUCCACUUCAACUUCAACAUCCAAUGUUGAAUUCGCACCCAAUAACAACAACGAACUUCCUAUAACCAUCACCGCCGCCUCCUCAUCCUCCUCUUCCACUAUAACUUUAAUAGCUCAACAUUCGACUCAACCCGAGAUUUCUAAUUUAGUUUAUAAUGCAAUUAUAGCAAAUGAUAUUUAUGGAUUGGGUAGAAUACUAAGAGAAAAUCCUGACUACGACAUUAACACAUUGAUUACUAAUGAAAUCACUGCCGAUGAAAAUAAUCGCAAGGGUAAAAAUGUUUAUUUGACUCCUUUGAUGAUUUCUUGCACUUUGAAUUAUGUCGAUAUUACCAGAUAUUUACUAAAGAAAGAAAAGAUUGGGAUUGAUCUACAAGAUAAAAAUGGAAGAAGUGCAUUAUUUCAUGCAACUCAUAACGGAAACUCAGAAAUCGUAAAACUGCUAUUACAGUAUAAAGUAAACGUUAACAUCACCGAUAAACAUGAGAUGUCUCCAUUAUUAGUGGCGGCAACUUAUGGACACACCUCAAUAUCUAGAAUGUUGUUAGAGGGAGGGUUUCAAAUUGAUGUUGAUUAUCAAGAUGAAACUGGUAAAACUGCAUUGGCGUUAGCUUGUUAUCAAGGUCAUACAAGCACUGUUGAAGUACUGAUAAAAAAUGGCGCAAAUGUCAAUAUUGUUGACAAGUCGGGUUGGACAGCGCUGAUGUCGUCUGCAUUUUUUGGUAGAACCAACAUAUGCUAUCGAUUACUCGAAUCAGGUGCCGAUAAAACAAUAAGAGAAGCCAAAAAUCAUAAAAAUGCUUCUGAUCUUGCUAUUGACGGCGGCUUCCCUCAUUUAGCAAGUAUGAUAAAUAAUUAUACAUUAAUAAGUAACAAUAAACUAUCUCAUAAAUCACCAAAUGUCGUUACAAGCAUUUCGAGUAUCAAUAGUAUAUUGGUUUCGCGCAAUAACAAUUUUGAUAAUAUUGAAAGAGGCGUUGACGAGAAUGAUAUAUCAUCAAAUUUCCAUUAUGACAAAGAUUCAAAGAGAGUUUCUUUUUUCGCUAACGGUAAUAGACGCUCAAAAAGAUACAGCAGUCAAAAUAUUCAUAGCAUUUCUAGUUUAAAUCGUCAGAAUGAUCAAGACGAUUUGAUCGUGACAAGAUUACAAUCAAAUAAUAAUUAUAGAGAUUCUCUUGAUUAUAAAUCAAUAGCGGAAUCUAUGAAGCAUAACAGCAGAACCAUAAGCGCAGGUGAACGAUUACGUGACGAAAUGAAACCACGUAAAGAGGGUACUAUUUGGUCUUUCAUCACCCUCAUCCUCACCUUCUACAUACCUGACUAUUUGUUAAUCAGGUUUGGUAAAUUAGCAAGUGAAGCAUCUCGCCAAGCUUGGAAAGAAAAAGUAGCAACGUGUCUUAUAAUCAUCAUGGCGGUAGUUGCGACGGCUCUUUUAACAAUAAAUUUGAGUUUUGAGUUUUGUAAUACUCCUAUACCUAUACCAAAAGACAUGAUUCAAAAUUCUUGGUCAGCGACCGGUUCGGAUAGUCAUAGAGUAAUGAUCGUCAGGGGUAAAAUUUAUGGCGUUGGUGAUUAUUUCAAUAUGGAUCUGCAUCGACCUGUUUCUCCUCCUCAAACCAAUGCAACCUUAACACCUUUCAUUCAAAGUUUUUAUGGUCAAGAUGCUACUAAAUUUUUUCCAUUAGAUGGUGCUUCAAUUGGUUGUAAUUAUUCACCUGUAAUUAACAACCUUUGUGGAUUUAGUGACAGUGAAUUGAACGAUGGCAAAUUUCAUUGCCAUUCAUCAAAAAAAUCUCUUGACUCUCUUAAAGCUUUAUACACCAAUCUCCACGUUUCUGUUCCAUGGGAUGAAAUCAAAAAUGCUGCUAAUAACAUAACCAAUAACAAAUACAUUCUAUACGAUUCGCUUGUUUACAACCUAACUGAUUAUUUAUCAGACAAUAACAAUAAUUUAUGGUUGGGAAAAGACGAUAAUUCAAAAACACGUUACAAGUCGUUACUAAACUCAAUAGCAAACAAAGAUGCAACAUUAGCCAUUAAUCGACAAACAGAAUUUACCGAGAUACUACCUUGUUUAGAACAUUUUAAUAUUGGAAGAUUAGAAGGCGUUAGCAGUAACUGUGUGUUGUAUUCGCUAUCAACAAUCUUCUAUGUUGGGCUUUUCAUGUCACUUGGCUCAAUCAAAAUAAUAUCUUCAGUAAUUUACAAUUUCAUCAUAACAAAAAGAAUGAUAAAAACAGACGAUAGCAAACCCGUCAAAAAUUUAAUUGUAAUGGUACCUUGUUAUUCAGAAUCUUCAGAAGCAAUAUCAUCUGCUUUGAAAUCAUUAGCUGUGGCAGAUUAUCCCGAUCAAAAUAAAUUAUUGUUUAUAAUCGUCGAUGGUAAAAACAUUAUUGGAAAACAAAACAAUAAACCGACAUCAGAAAUAGUAAAAGAUUUAUUAGAUUUGAGAGAAGACAAAAAAUUCCAAAACAAAAAAGAAUCAACAAUACCUGAAGAAGGGGAGAUGGAAGAAAAUGAACCUCAGCCAUUAAGUUACACAUCAAUUGCCAAAGAAAAAGGCAACGUCACUGCACAUAACAUGGCACAAAUUUAUUCUGGAUAUUAUAGAUACGAGGAUAGAUCGGUUCCAGCAAUAUUGGUGGUAAAAUGUGGUACUCCUGAAGAAAGAGAGGCAAACAAGAAUUUACAGAAUGAUAGAUCUGGAAAUAGAGGAAAAAGAGAUUCGCAAUUGAUAUUGUUCAAUUUGUUGAGAGUCUCCUUUAAUAAUUCACCAAUGACAAAGUUAGAUUUUGAAUUGUUUGAAAAAAUUCGUUCCAUAACAAAUGGUUUAACUGUAGACGAUUAUGAAUUAAUGACGAUGAUCGAUGCUGACACCAUAGUUGAUGAAAAUAGUUUAAAAUAUCUAAAAAAUUACAUCGAUAAUGAUGAUGACGUAAUCGGUAUAUGUGGUGAAGCACAAAUUGCUAAUAAAACCGCUAGCUUUGUUACAAUGAUACAGGUGUUUGAAUAUUACAUGAGUUACAAUAUGGGUAAACCAUUUGAAUGUUUAUUCUUAAAUUCACUAUGUUUACCAGGAUGUUUUGCAAUGUAUAGAAUCUAUGCUAAAAACAAACACAACAGUGAACUUCGUGUUCCAAUAAUAAUUGAUGAUUACGUAUUUACAAAUUAUUUCAGUGAUGAAAAUGACACUCUGCACCAAAAAAAUCUGAUAUUAGGUGAAGAUAGGUAUCUUACAACAUUGGUUGUGCGCUCAUUUCCUAGACGUAGAAUUGUCUAUUGCACAGAUGCAACUUGUCAAACAAUUGUUCCCGAAACUUUUUCAGUAUUACUAUCACAAAGACGUAGAUGGAUUAAUGGAACAAUUCAUAAUCAAUUAACAUUAUUGGCUUCGCCUGGUUUACCUGGCAGAUUUUGUUUCUCCGUGCAAUUCGUGAUGUUAAUGGAGCUAUUUGUAGUCGCCACGUUACCGUUUUCUUUGAUUUACUUUUUUGUGUAUUUUCUACAAAUCCUUUUGGCAGCUAAUCCAAAUCCAUUAGCGAUUAUUACUUCUAUUACUGUCUACAUGAUGAGUGGGAUUGUAUCUUUAUUUCGAUUAAGUAGUAUAAAAUGGUAUUUCGUUUAUCUGGCUUCAGUACCAUUUUGGAAUAUAAUCUUACCUUUAUACUCGUUUUGGUAUUUAGAUGGCACACAAAAACUUUCAAAGGUAAUAAAAAAUGGUGAUAACGAGGAGGAUGAUGAAAAUAAAGAAAAAUCAAAAACAAAAGCUGUAGAAAUCAAAACAAAAAAAUGGAUGGAUUGGCGAAUGGAUUACGUUAGAAAAAAUUAUAUAUUAUAA